AUGAGAGUGAUCGGUUCUUUCAGAGGACAAUCUUUUGUGAUACUGGUCAACUCCAGCCGCACUCAUAAUUUCAUUGAUCUAGCUUUGGUUAAGAGACUUCAGUUGGUCAUGAAUAGUGAAGAGAAGGUGAAGGUGAAGGUGGCUAAUGGAGAGGAAAUAUGGUGUGAAGGAAGGUGUCUAGCGAUAGAUGUGGUCACUCGCUUUUCAUGGCAGACUACCUCACUUGUGAAGCCAAUUGCUACUGAGGGUAAAGCAAUGGAUCCAAGUGGUUAUGUCAAGGUGAAGUAUAUCGCAAGCGGGUCUCGUAGCCAAAGUCAAACGAUUUUACUAAGGGGGAGUCACGGUGGUGAAUUGAAGAAGAUUAAGUCUGUUGUUUACUGUGCAUUUGUCAUGGCAUACCAUUUAAUACUGGAGAUUUCCUUCCUUGCUGAAGAAGAGAAGGUGGCUUUGCUGUUAUAUAAGCUUCGGCUCGAAGAGGUCAGAGCAAGGGAAGUUUUGAAGACAGUUUUUGUUGAAGUUGCUGCUGGGACUGAGGAGGGUAGCGACAAUGAAGAAGUCGUACACAAGCUUUUGCAUGUGGUUCUUGAAGAGAAGGAUGAGAAAGCAAGAUAG